AUGUCGCGUUACUGCAAGAACAAGUACAAGAGCGGGGACCUGGUGUUCGCCAAGUUAAAAGGUUAUGCCCACUGGCCGGCCCGGGUAGAGCAGAUGGCGGAGCCUAACCGGUACCAGGUGUUUUUCUUCGGGACUCACGAGACCGCCUUCCUGGGCCCCAAGUACCUCUUCCCCUACGAGGAGUCUAAGGAGAAGUUCGGCAAGCCCAACAAGAGGCGCGGCUUCAGCGAGGGCCUGUGGGAGAUCGAGAACAACCCCACGGUCCAGGCGGCCGACUACCAGUGCGCCCCGGAGAGGCGCAGCGCGGGCGGCCCCCAGCGGGAGCCCAAGGCCACCGAGGGCUGCGCGGCCAAGCAGAGUGACGCCCAGGGCGGCGGCGACGGGCCGGGGAAGCUGGUCGUCGAUGAGAUCCCCGCGGAAGAGGUGAAGGACGACAACGACGAGAAAGGGCUGCGGAAGAGGAGCGCGGGGGACCUGCCUGAGGACGCAGCCAAACGGCCCAAGGAGGACACCCGCGAAGAGGAGGCGGCGGCGGAGGCCUGCGAGGGCCAGGGGCCUCUGGGCCUGGAGGUGGAGCACGAAGGCGCCGCGUCUGAGCCUGGCUGUGCCCGGGGGGCGCCUGAGGAGGAGCGGCGGGAGGAGGUCGCCGCAGAGACGGGGGCGGAGGACGUCUCAAAGACCGGGGCGGAGGUCGCCGCAGAGACGGGGGCUGACGACGCCGCAGAGACGGGGGCGGAGGUCGCCACAGAGAUGGGGGCUGAGGACGCUGCAGAGACGGGCGUCGAGGCCCCAGGCUGCGGAGAUCGCGACAGCUUGUAG